AAGAAAUAGAUAAAGAGAGAGAAAGUAAUGGUGGUGCACCAGUGGACCACAGUAGUUUUAACCUUAUCAGAGGUUCUGUCCCGUUGUGUGAAUCCGCCCAUCCUAGGAAAUGAGGGCUUCCUGUUGUUUUAUAGAGCCUUCCUGCAAAAAGGUUGAGAUAUGUAAUCACUACCCACCAGGGAAGACGGACAGAGCAUUGUCAGGCAAAAUGACAGACACUAGUUUCUCACUUAUGUUUUCUGGGUGUUUUGUGACUCUUCUCAUCUGGGCAGGAUGCACAACAGUGGUUUGUCUGGUUGAUGAAAAGUUAGUGGUGGGACCCACUAUGACAAUAGGGUAUCACUCAACAGAGACAAUGAAUGCCAAUGUCACUUAUGGAGAUCCUACCUUAUCAUUUGUUUGUGGGAAUAAUUCUCACAGUUGUAUGGACUUUUGCUCCUUCUGUUAUGAUAUUUAUGGUGCACCAACAAUGGAUUGCCUUUCCAAACUGUUUGACCAUCUAUGUCUCUUCAAUUUUGAGCAUGCAAUGGCAUCACUAAACAGCAGUGACUUGUGCAUUUGGGGUAAUGUGAGCGGUUCAUAUAGUAACCUAAGCCUUUGCACAGAGAAGAUUUCUGAUUGUCUCUUGAUCCCAUGGCCCAACCCUCUGGUGGAACAAACCUUUGUGGACAUUCACUCCAAGUUUUUCAAGGAUUGUCCCACAGAGGAGCUAAGCGACCCACCACCAGUCAUCGUCUUUGCCCUGGUGAUAACUCCCAUCUGCCUGAUCCCCGUCAUGGUUAGCCUAGUUGUGCUCAAGACCAAGAAUGGGGAUGGCAGCUCCUGAAAAUCCUAAAUCUCUGCUCUGCUCACAGUCACCAAGAAGACAAAAUCAUGUUUUUGACCUAUGCUCUCCUGUCUAUCCCAACCUGAGGACUACAGGUUGUUUACACAUUCACCGCUGCGCUUUCACCUCACCAGUGACCUUGCAGAGGACUGAAUCUUUCUGACAAGUUUACCUGCGCUUUACAACUCAGAUAUAUCAGCCACAGAGGACACCUAUCGAGAAGAUGACACUGAUUUAGAGUGAAUGUCAUAAUCAGGCAUCACAAUUAUUGCGGUUGUUCAAUAACAACCUCCCUGAUGUCAAUAGAAACUCACUGUGACAAACUGUGUUAUUCCUGUACCGUACUGUGACAAAAGUUUUUUCAACCACCCGACUCGAGAUCUGAACAUUUAUGUAUUGGUCACAUCCAAUUUGCACACACUAUUCAGAAAACAGAGCUUGAUUUUUACUGGAGAACCCAGUAUUCAGGGUUAUGAUAACAAAAGCUCUAGAGCUUGCAAAAGUAAAGGCAAAAUAUAUUUGUGUUGACACUCCUCAUUAUGUUGCACAGCAGUUGUGUUGAUAAAAGACAAGGUAAUUUUUAUUGCUAAACUCUUCAUAUGCAAUUUCUUUUGCUGCUGAUCAACCUUAACUCUGCUUUGAGCCACUAAUUAGACAAUGUACAGUAGGUAUGCAGAGGAUACAUGCAACCUAAACUGCUUUUUAUUCCAACAGUGUUUAUUGGAUUUUGCAUGUAAACUAAACAGAUGGACCAGGCAGUGCUUUUAAGUCUGAAUUGGAUACAGGUAUGUGUCCAUGUUUGAUCUAUGAAAAAGGUCCUCUUUAUAUGUAAAGGGAGGACAGGAAAAUUAGUGUAGUCUGAUGCAUGGAUCUGGUUAUGUGAGUCAUAGCGUAUGUAAGGUCUGGGGUCAGAGGUUACAGAUGGGACACAAUGAGUGGGUACGCUCAGAAAAAGAGAUCCCUUUCCUGGUAUUGUCUAUUUUUGAACAGUAAGAAAUCCUACAGCACUUUCCCCUGUCCAAACAACGACAAGCCUCAUGAUCAUAUAAUGAGCUAUUUGAAGUAAAAUUUAUUUAACAUCUCCACCCAGUUCAGACAAAAAGACAUUUAAAUAGUCUGUGCAGCAAAGUGAUAAACACUGGGCAAUGACGAAGAAGAUAAAGGUGUUAUCUUUCGCCUGAAUCAUGAUAAUGUGGUUAUGUAUAGUUCAGCCUUGAAUGACGAUAAAGCUAUUGUAAGUGCUUUCAGAUUUUGGAACAAAAUGUGUAUUUAUAUACUGUGUUAUAUUUCUGCCAUUGUCAGGACUUAAUGGACUUACUGUACUGUCUGAGAGAACACAUGCUCUCACACCAUGUAAUGUAUGUAUUUUGAUAUCCUUUUUUAUAUGUUACACAAUUAAAUCUACAAAUCUACAAUUAAA